ACCCACCCACUCGACGACCUUGCUUGUCGUGCAAUGAAGCGAAGACAAGUGCCGUCUACACCGCCGCACGCAAGAGUUAAAAGAUUCUCCGGCGUGCGCACUACGCACCCACGUCCUUCCCACUAGGGGGCGAGGCACCACCAUCUUUCUGUUUCGAUCUCGUCUCAUUUUCAUUUGGAUUGUUUGGGCUGGAAUAACAAGAGAGUUUCAUUGCCUCGUCUGAGUGACUCUUUCUCAGCUUCAAGAGCUUCGUGAAUCCUGAUAAGAAGGCAAACAGAUAUUGUACGACUGGCGUGAAACCGAUCUUAGCUUUUUUAUGAUAUAUUUGCUUUCCCGGUCCAAGGCAUGCCGGCACCACUUUCUUCACUAUUUUCUAGCUAAUUUUCUCACCCACCAAACAUGAUAUAGAAUGGCUCUAGCAGAUUCAAAUACUGACUCGGGGAAUAAGUACGCGCUUGAUUCAGUGAGGGAGGCGUUGAUUAGACAAGAAGAUACCAUCAUUUUUAGUCUCAUAGAGAGAGCCAAAUUUCCAAUCAAUUGUCCCACUUACGAUAAAAGUUACGCAUCCAAUUUUAAUUCAUUGGUUGAGUUCAUUGUUAAGAAUACAGAGUCGAUUCAAGCUAAGGCUGGUAGGUACAAAAAUCCAGAAGAAAAUCCAUUCUUCCCGGAAGAUUUACCGUCCUCAGUGGCGCCAAAUUACCCAUUCCCACAGAUUUUGCACCCUGCAGCAGCUUUGAUUAACAUAAACAAGUCAAUUUGGAAAAUGUACUUUGAUGAGUUGCUUCCAAAACUUGUUGCCUCGGGUGAUGAUGGCAACUAUGCACAAACCGCAGCUUGUGAUCUUUCCUCGUUGCAGGCAAUUUCUAGGAGGAUUCACUAUGGAAAGUAUGUAGCUGAGGUGAAGUUCAGGGGAUCUCCCCAAGACUACGAGCCUCUAAUUCGUGCUCAGUUUUUGCAGGACAGAGAAGCAUUGAUGAAUUUGUUGACAUUCGAGACAGUGGAAGAGACGGUGAGAAAGAGGGUUGAAAAGAAGGCCAGGGUGUUUGGGCAAGAAGUAGGCCCUGAUCAUGAGGAGAACCAAGGAAAAUACAAGGUCGAUCCAUCCGUGGUUUCUCUUCUGUACGAGAAAUGGGUAAUACCCCUCACCAAGCUUGUUCAGGUCGAAUACCUCCUACGCCGCCUGGAUUGAGCCAAAUUCAAUGCAAAACGUACAUGAUGUUGUUCCUGAAAACAUUAGUCUCUUUUUAUGACGAUUUUAUUCCUUGUGUUGUGGUUCUUUCUUUCUUUCUUUUUUUUUAAUAUCUUUUUGCCCAAUUGUGAUUUUAAACCCGUAAGACUAACAUUUCUAUUUUUUAGCUCUAGUUUCAGAAAAACAACUUCACCUGAUUUUUAGUCUGACAAUGGUAGAACAAUUUUGUUCCCGCGAAA